AUGUCAACCUACACCUCUCACUUAACUACGUCGCGCGAGAAGCCAACCUUCAGAGAACCACCUUGCAAAGAUUUGGUAACAUCAAGCCACGUGGUCUCCCCUGAGCGCACUGCUACGGAUCUGCUCGACAAAGUGAGAGCUCAGGCCUACCGCGAUGCUUGCCGCGCAGCAUACUUCGGUGUCGAAAAAGUCUACAAAGCCGAAGAGUUCAUCAAGGAGCUCGACCAGAAACUCACAGGAGGUCAGAUCGGCGAGAUGACUGCACUGACUGGCGGUGUAAAGGUGGUUUGGAAGAAGAGAUUGACAGCCAAGGCUGGGCUGGCCAGAUGCAAGACCAGACCUCUCCCGUCCGCAACUAUCGAGCUCUCCGACAAAAUUAUUGAUGAUCAGGAGCGCCUAAUCAACGCUAUUGCCCACGAGUUCUGCCAUGUGGCAAACAACCUGAUAAGUGGCGACCUUCGCUCACACGGACCUGGUUUCAAAGAAUGGGGCAGACAGUGCGAGGCGGCCUUCCCUGACCUCGGUAUCAAGAUCACAACAAAGCACAGCUACCGCUCUAAGUUUGAGUUCAUCUGGACAUGCUGUGACAAGAAAUGUGGUAAAGAGGUUGGCCGCCACACGAAGAGCAUCAACCCCAAGACUCAAGCAUGUCGCUGCUGUGGUGGUCUCUUGGUGCAGACGAACCCAGUGGCCCGUACGCUCAAGACUCGUCUGGAGUGCGACGUUGAAGAGUAA